UCUUUAGUUGCUUAAUUUCUGUCUUUUAUUUAUUUAUUUAUUUAUUGCAACUUGAAGUUGAAUCAAUGUUGCAAAAUGUCAUACAUAGUUCAUCUUUGUUGGGAUCUUACUUGUGAUUUCUUUACUUUAUUUAAUGUGGAUUUACUUACUUAAUUAGGAAUAUUUAUCUACAUAUAUAUUUACCAUAUCCAUUAUUUAAUUGAAUUAUCAAUGAUUUUUUUGUUGUCACUAGUUCUUGUCUUUCUCUUUGUUAUUGCUAGUUGCUAGUUUCUAAUGUUUUUGUUUAGUUUAAGAAACUCAAUUUUUGUUUUACUUUGUUUAAGCAAGUACAAGUUACAAAGAUUUCUCUGCUAGAAUAUUCAUGGUUUAUUCUAUUCUCUUUAAUUAUUAUGCUUGCAUUUGAUUUUCAUGUAAUUUUGCUGGAAGAAUCUUUGUAACAAAGAAAAAGUUUUACUGUUCUUUUUUGAGUCAAAAGAUAAAUUAAGACUUUGCACUUUCAUUUAUUUUGUCCUUUUGUUUACUGCUUUUGGUUUUGACAACCUGUCUAUGCAAUGCAUUGAUUCCUCUCAAAAGGGAAAUAGUUUCCACCAUACAUUAUUCCUGUUUUCCAAAGAUUUGUACUAAAACAAAUGAAAAUACUAAACAUUUUUAUUUGUGGCUAAUUGGUUGAUUAAUUAUUUAAUUUGUUGGUAGGAAUUAUAAUGAGUGAACAAUUAGGGCAGUUAAAGGUCAUAGUUGUACAAGGGAAACGGUUGGUGAUCCGAGAUUUCAAGACCAGUGAUCCUUAUGUUGUUCUUAAACUAGGGAAUCAGACUGCCAAGACAAAAGUCAUUAAUAGCUGCUUGAAUCCUGUUUGGAAUGAAGAACUCAAUUUCACUUUGACAGAACCCUUGGGAGUUCUCAAUUUGGAAGUAUUUGAUAAAGAUCUUUUGAAAGCUGAUGACAAAAUGGGAAAUGCAUUUAUCAACCUUCAACCAUUAGUCUCUGCAGCAAGAUUAAGAGACAUUUUAAGAGUCUCUUCCGGUGAACAAACACUAAGGAAGGUUAUACCUGACUCUGAAAACUGUCUUGUACGCGAAAGCAGUAUCAAUUGUGUUAACGGCGAGGUUGUACAGAAUGUUUGGUUAAGGCUACGCGAAGUAGAAUCCGGAGAGAUAGAAUUGACACUCAAGUUGACCACACCUGUUGCUACUUCAAAAUAGUGCAGAGGGUAGAUUUCUAACUAGAUUAUAUAGUUGUAACAUUUUUUUAUGUUGUUGUGUUUUUUUUUAAUUGUUUUAUAAGUGUUUCUAGCUAAGAAAAAAACCUUCAAAGAUGCAUAUUAUAAUGCAAUUUAGUGCCUGAUUAGAUAAGAGAGACAUGAAGUUGUAUUUCCAAAUGAAAAGGUGUGAUUUAUGGCUUCUUUGGUCUUUAUGUUGUGUGUGUGUAUUGUGCUUGUAUGAUCUUGUAUCAAAGAAAAAAAAAAGCAGAAGCAGAUUGAGUGAUUAUAUUCUAACACUACCUUGAUUAAUGAGUUGUAAUUGCAUAGGUUUAGGGGUUAUUGUUGUAUUGAGUAUUGACUAUUAUGGAAGUUGAGUAAAAGAAGUUGUGAUGCUUGGCUAGUUUA